ACCUGCGGGAGGCGCCCUGAGACCGAGAGGCCUCAGCGCCCGGGGCCUCUGCCGGCUGCCCCUCGCCUCCCGCACGGAGCUCGCUCGGGGAACGCCCCCAUCCACUGCCCUCCACAGCCUUAGGGACACGGGUGAGGCCAGGGGAGCAGAGGGAGCAGUCAUGGCGGAGCUGGAGGCUGUGGCCGACGAUCUAGACGCCCUCAUCGACGACCUGGACUACCUCCCGGGCCACUUUCACCUGGAGAUGCAGUUGAACUUCGAGCCGCGCUCGCCGGCCCCACAGCGCGCCCGGGACCUGAAGCUGCAGCGGGAGGGUCUGCGGCAGGAGCUCCAGCUGGCGGCCGCCCCGCAGCGCCCCGCCGUGCGUCACCUCCUGGGCGCUUUCGCAUUCUACCUGGAGGAGCUGGACGAGGCCCGCGAGUGCUUCCUCGAGGUGGCCCACGAGCACCCGGGCAACCUCAACGCCUGGGCCAAUCUGGCACACGUGUACGGCCGGCUGGGCCAGGAAGAAGAGGAGGAGGCGUGCGCCGCGCGGCUGGCCGACCUCAUGGGCCUGGCAGAGGAGCCCGAGGCCGCCGGGGACCCCCAGCUCCGCGCCGCUCGCUGCCUGGCCGAGCAGGGCUACGCGCACGGCUUCGACGUGGGCUGCGCCAGCCCAGAGGAGCGUGCGCGGGGGCUGGCGGCAGGCAUCGCGCUCUACGACAAGGCGCUAGGCUACGGGCAGCAGAUCCCGAUGGAGGAGAAAAGGGGCUGGUAUUUCACCAUGGCAACACUCUACAUCAGGCUAGAUGGCAUCUUCCUGGAACUGGGCAGUGAGGAGCAGAAGAGACUGCCCGCCUUCAACCGCACGCUGGCCCUACUCCGGCAAGUGCUCAAGUCUGAGGACCCCCGCCACCGAGCCCUGGCCUGGUGCUACCUCGGGAUGCUGCUGGAGCGGAAGGACACCUUCUCCACCACCCCCAUGGGCGUCCAUGACUGCGGGUACUCAGGGACUGACCCUCUGGACUGCUUUGGCAAGGCCAUUGAGAUUGCCAAGAACCAACCUCCCAUCCUGAAUCGCCUGGCAAAAAUCUUCUACUUCCUGGGAAAGCAGGAUAUGGCCAUUGGAACCUGCAACAUGGCCCUGGAUGUCCUACGCGAUCCAGAGCUCAACUGGCAGGCAUACUGCACAAGGGCCAAGAUACACAUCAGAGCCUACCUGCAUGACCUGGAGCGGGCCAAGAUGGGUCUCGGGGGCAUGCCUGACAGGAACCACCUGGCCUGUGCCAAGGCUGACCUCGAGGAAGUGGUCAGGGUGUGCCCAGGCUUCAAGGCAUACCUGGACAUCGGCCAGGUCUACUACUAUAUGGGCGUGGACGCGGUGCAGGAGCUGCUGGCGGUGGACGAGGCGGCGCUGAACCAGGCGCUGGUGUUCCUGGCCAAGGCGGGCGAGUCGGAGCUGGGUGCCACGCUGCCCGAGCUGCAGCUGCUGCGCGGCAAGUGCCUGCGCAUCAAGGGCGAGGACGCCAACGCGGCCGCCUGCUUCAAGCGCGCGGUGGAGCUGGACGACGCGGGCUCCAGCCACACCGACGGCUUUGGCUGCCUGCUUGAGGCGCUGCUGGCGCAGUGGAGCCAGGCACAGCUGAGCGACGGGGAGCUGGGCCGCGAGGUGGACGCCUGGCUGCGCCGCGCCCAGGACAAGUACCCCGCGGCGCGCCUGCGCCAGGAGCUGCAGCGCGUGUGGCGCGGGCACACGGACGAGGUGCUGGGGCUGGCCCGGGCCCUGGUGGCCCAGGGACGACUGGCGCUGGUGCGGCUGCUCUUCGAGACCAUGGAGCGCGAGGGCGAGGGCGCCAGCGCGCCGCGGGACCGCCGGGCUGUCUCAUUCUAGGGCUCAGGUGCCCAGGCCGGAGGCUCCCUGGGACCUCGCCCAGGCCCCGCCCAGCUGAUGGGACCGGGUCUGGAUGGACUCCCUGCCUUAGGCUGACCUGGGAGCGGAGCCAGUUCAAUUCUUGGUCGGGAAUUGUGAAUGGGAAUGUUGCGACACCCGGGCGUUUUGAAAUGCCCACCCAGACUGGAAGGCCUGAUUCCCGAGAGCAGAAGAGGCUGGGAGCAGAGGUGAGAAAACACUGGGAAGCUGCCAAUUGAGAGACAGAAUUUUCUAGACAUACAGGUAAAAUAAGAUGGUUGUGAGGCUUCUGAGAGAAACAGAAGACAGUUACCUCCGUGUGGCAGUUUUCUAGUCCGGGCGCUCAAUCCCUCAGGCCUGAGUGCCUGUCUUUGGACUCCCAUAGGCCACACUCUAUCCUUAUGAGAAAGCCCCGUUUACUUCAGUUGACUGGAAUGGGGUCUCAGCUCCUGCAACCAGAAAAGCCCUGACUAAAGCAGAGGGCAAGGUGGCACCGCGAGUGAAUUACGGGACAGGGCCCUAGCCUAAGCCUGGUGCUCAGGGCUCAUUCCUGCGUCUCUGCUACUUUUCUAGGGGGCCUCCUUCUUGGUCAGCUUGGCCCAAAAGGCCUCCCAAAUGCUCUGAAAUAGAGCUCAUCAGUAGAACCUUCACUUGAUUUCCCUCUUCUUGGGGGAAACUAAGGGCCCCACCUAUUAGGAGGUGCCACCUGCCCCCAUUUUUUUUUUUUUUUUUUUUUUUUGAGACAGAGUUUCGCUCUUGUUGCCCAUGCUGGAGUGCAAUGGCACGACCUUGGCCCACUGCAACCUCCAUCUCCUGGGUUCAAGCUAUCUUCCUGCCUCAGCCUUCCAAGUAGCUGGGAUUACAGGCGUGCGCCAUCAGGCCUGGCUAAUUUUGUAUUUUUAGUAGAGACAGAGUUUCACCAUGUUGGUCAGGAUGGUCUCGAACUCCUGACCUCAACCGAUCCACCCGCCUCAGCCUCCCAAAGUGCUGGGAUUACAGGUGUGAGCCACUGCACCCGGCCCUGCCCCCAGUCUUGACCAUUCUACUAAUUCUAAAGAACAUCUUGAAAUUUUACACUCUUGGAAUCAUAGUUAUAGAAUCGUUUUUUUGAGACAGAGUCUCACUCUGUCGCCCAGGCUGGAGUGCAGUGGCCAGAUCUCAGCUCACUGAAACCUCAGCCUCCGAAGUUCAAGUGAUUCUCGUACCUCAGCCUCCUGAGUAGCUGGAAUUCCAGGCUGUACUCACUGCUUUGCUCAUAUCCUCACUCAUUACCAGGGACAGGCCAGCACCCCUGCAUUGCAUCUCACAUAUCCACUGAUGGAUGGAGAACAGACUGAAAUUCAGUGCCUUAGAGACCACACACUCCAACCCCCUCAUUGUGCAGAUGGGAAAACUGACAGCCAUAGAAGGGAAGUGGCGUGCCCAAAGCCACACUUACUGUUUUCCCCACACUGUACCACAAACUUUCACCAUUCUUCAGGUUUGGAAAAAUACUAAUAAACUGAUCAACACUAAA